CGCGUAAUGAAUCCCAUUGAAUGCACACACACAUGGACAUGACAUCGAUAGGUCGACCACAAAUCAGACCACUCAUCUCAUAAACGAUGCAUGCAUGAGCCCUCCCUCCCAUCGCCCUCUCAGUCUAAUCAGCUAUGCACACAGAAGCUAAGCUAGCAGCACACGGGGGAGUGUGCGCGUGGGUCGCCAGGCCGGUGGCCGCAAGUCGCUCACUAAACCUGACCAAACAUGCCGACCACACCACACCACAUCCCACCGACUACCUCACCAUUUGUUCCAUCGCCCCAACUGUGUGUAGCUGACUGACUGACCUACGGGGGCCCCGCAUCGAUGAGUGCCUGGAUGUGGGGCGCGUACUGCGCAUUGAGGGACGCCAGCUCCUCUGCCAUGCGGUUGAGGUUCGCCUCGCUGGUGCCGAGCAGUCGCGCAAUCGUCCGGCUCAUUAGCUUCAUCAUCUCACAGGGGUCACGGUGCGCCGGGUGGCGGUGGGCUUGGAUGUUCGAGAGCUCGAGGACAACGGUUGCUUUCUCUGUGAUCUUGUUGCACAUCUCCACAGGCAUAUCAACAACCGCCUGCUGCAAUGUGGCGCUGAAGGUGAGAAGUCUCGCGCCCACGUAGGUGAAGAGGUGAUUGCGGACGAGGUCGGUGAAGUCGAGGGCCUUCUCGAUCAGCUCACGCUUGACGUUGGGGGCACGCAGACGCCUCUGGACAGGUAGGAGAGAAAGACGGCCAUGCGAUGCGUGUGUGCUAUAUGGGUAGGUGUGUGUUGGUGCGUACGCUGGUGCCGCAAUGCUGGUGGAUGGCCACCGUCUUGAUGUCUUGUGUGUCCACAAUGGCCACGAUGCGCCUCCUCCACUCCUCAGGCGACAGGUACUGAACCAGGCUGAGGGGAUCUGAGUAUGUGUCUGGGCCCCCCAGAAGAUACAUCCCGGGGCCGAGGACAGCGACAAGGGCCUCCUUCUGGCAGAAACACAUACAAAAGCACAGGUGAGCGUGUGUGACUGUUGUCCCCUCCUCGUGCGUUCAUUCAUUCUUGCCUUACUUACCAUGGCCGACUCGCAGACGCUCCCAACGGUUGGCAUGAAGAACCACCCCCCAUCGCCCACCACACAGCUGCUCUUCCACCAAAACAGCGGACCAACCUCACUCAGGUCGCACUCGAUGAGUGGGUUGGGCAGCAAGCGGCCGUGCGACUCGCGCACACACACCUCGAUGGCAUGCGUCACAGUGGCCUUGACGCGCUCCAUCACAGCCGGCAGCUUGUGGGAGGGAAGGGGUAGAGGGGUGCCCGGCUCAGCGACACGGGCCAUGUUGAAGACUCUGUACACGACGAACUUGCCCGUGGGGUCGAGGGUGGUGGCGCAGGGUGGGGUCAAGGGGGGUUGGGUGCCGUCGCAGGAGGCGCUAGAGAGGGCCACGACGCAGCAGAGGGUGUCGUUGUAGCGUCUCGUGUUUAGGUGCAGGUGGCGGCUGUGUGGGGGGGUUUGAGUUCUGCUGAGCACCUCCUGGAUGAUCUUGGUCUGCCCGCGGGCUAGCACCCGCUGGAACUCGCCCUCAUCCAUGUAGCCGAAGAGGUGCAUGAUGGCCGCCCGGCAGGACCGCAGCGCCGACUGAGACUCCUCCGACAUGAGGUCGCCCAUUUCCUUGCAGUGGUACUUAUGGCGGGCGUCCCAGUCGCUCGCCCGGCACUCCUCGCUGCAGUAGAUGACGACGUCGCAGUCGCUGCAGGCAAACAUGGUGUCCUCCUGGUCCACCUUGCCGCAACAGACGCACACGCACCGGGCGGAUGCGGUGGUGGGGCUGGCGGUGCUCGCGCUGGCGGCGAACUGGCGAGGACAGGUGUGUUUGUGGCCGCUCUUCCAGUCCUGCCGCUGGUGGGCCUGCAUUGCACCACACAAGCAUAGCACAGCACAUGCCAGCCAGCGAUGCGGUGCAGCGGUGUUCCUCUUCUCUACCUUGCAGCAGUAAAAGCGGGCCUUGCACAAAGAGCACCGCUGCUCCGUGAUCUCGCCGCACACCGCACAGGGGCCCGACAGAUCUCCCGAUGACAUGGUGACGACGGCUCAAAGCAGGGAGAAUGGCGACCAACACGUCCGGCGGCUGCAAUGCUGGGUAGGAAGGGAAGAGCGGUGGGGCGCAGAGCGGUCGGUCGGGUCUGCCGUGGUGCUCUGGACUCACAAAAAGAUGCAAAAAGCCG